AGCUACACGCCACCUCCCGUUGUGGGCUUGUGGCCGAGGUCGGCAAGUUUUCCAGAAACUUCUUCCAACUCCUGGCCAGAAUUCUCCGCUGCAUCUCGCGGCUGAAACUACAACACGUGUCCACCCUACCACGUGAGCAUCCGACGUGGCGAGCCGAUUUCGCGGAAUUUGAUACGCCCCUCCGCCGUCCCCAGCGCCCCUCUUCCUCAAACCUUUUUUCCGGUUUAUUUUGUCUUUCAUCUUUCAAUGAAUCCCGUUCACCAAAUCCGCCGCCCCAAAACCUCUAGGUCUCCGGGAGCUCUUCCCAAUUUCUCCGUCUUCUUCUAAUUCCCCUGCUUCUUCCUUUCCUUUCCUUUGCUUGCCUUUGCCAUUUCCCCCUCCUUCACCGCUCGGCGAUGAAUGGGGAAGGAAGAGAGGACGAAACUGCGAAGGACAAGGAUAAGUUGGUUUUCAUGUGCGGCUACCUUCCCGGAGCUCUCCCUGAGCGGUCCCCGAUUUCCUCUCCCGUCGUUGUAAGGUCCGACGGCUUCGGCUGGAAGGAUGCCUGCGGCGGCGGCUGCGGCUUCGCGAUGGCCAUUUCAGAUUGUUCUUUAUUUCCAAUUAGACUCUGGGAAGCUUAUUACGUGGGGUUCAACCGACGAUCUUGGUCAAUGCUACAUCACAGCGGGAAAACAUGGGGUAAGGCUUCUCUUGUUUCAUUGUGGAGUUACAAUUUCCGGGAGCUUUUCUUUGGCUUGUUUCUUAGAGAGCUGAACUCCCUCUCUUGCUUCUCCAUCACAAUUUUGUCCGCAAAGGAAAUCCCCGAGCCUUUCCCUGUUCCAACUGAUUCUGCCAUCAUAAAGGCUGCAGCAGGCUGGGCUCACUGUGUAGCUGCUACAGAUGUUGGGGAAGUGUAUACGUGGGGAUGGAAAGAGUGCAUUCCUUCAGGGAAGGUAUUUGGAGAUCCAUCUGCUUCCAGAAGUUCAGAGAACGAUGUUCCAGAAAGACCGGGUCCGUCUGCCUUGGACCAAGUUAGCCCUCGUCCUCAAGCUUCCAAAUCCGGAGGUGGGAAUUCAGGUGUUAAUUCUAGAGGUGCGGAUGAAAGUACGAAACGGAGGAAAGUAUCUGGAAAACAGACAUCUGAACCCUCAUCUUCUGGGGAUGAGUUGUUAUCAGCAGUGCCUUGUUUGGUUACACUUAACCCAGGAGUAAGAAUUGUCACUGUAGCUGCUGGAGGCCGCCAUACUUUGGCACUUUCAGGUAUCCUAAUUUUCUCAAAGUCUUCAGAUAUAGGACAGGUAUGGGGUUGGGGAUAUGGAGGUGAAGGCCAGCUUGGCUUGGGCUCCAGGAUCAGAAUGGUGUCUUCUCCACAUCCUAUACCCUGUAUAGAGUCUUCUCAGGGUAGAGAUAAAUCCGGGGGUUAUUCUCGAGCAGGCAUGACUUCAGAGGGCCAAACAUUUCGAGUAGUUGGAAAUUAUGUUAAAGCAAUAGCCUGUGGUGGCCGGCACAGUGUUGUUAUCACGGUGUGGUACCUUGAUUCCCUUUAUGGCCUAAGUACGUGUGAUGAUUUGCCUCUAAAGUUGCUGCAUCCGCAGAUGCGGGAGUAUUGCUCGCUUUUGGCUGGGGACUCUAUGGGCAGGACUUUGUACCCUUCAUAUUUGUCACUUGUAUAUUUUCUCCAGUGUGGACAAGGUACUACGGAUGAUGAGCUGAGUCCAACCUGUGUAUCUUCAAUGCUGGGCAUUCGGAUGGCAGCAGUCGCUGCCGGGCUGUGGCACAGUGUCUGCGUUUCGGAUGAUGGUGAUGUUUAUGCGUUUGGUGGGAACCAAUUCGGACAGCUGGGAACUGGGGUUGACCAAGCAGAGACACUUCCCAGGCUACUGGAUGCUCCGAGUUUGGAAAACGAAAGUGCAAGGAUGGUCUCCUGUGGCGCUCGUCACAGUGCCAUAGUAACCGGGGACGGGAAAGUGUUCUGUUGGGGGUGGAACAAGUACGGCCAGCUCGGGCUGGGAGAUGUGAUCGACCGCAACAUUCCUUCGCAGCUCGCCAUCGAAGGCUAUACCCUUAGAAGCGUGGCUUGUGGGUGGUGGCAUACCCUGUUGUUAGCUGAACACCAGCUGCCUUGAGGGCUUUGCCUAGCUAGGUUCUAGUUUGGAUUGUAGCUUUCAUGUUGAACCUCAAUUUUUGUUAGAAUUAGCAUGCAGUUCAGCAUCUGCUAUUGAUCUCUGUAACACUGCCACCAAUGGUCUACCUCGAUGCAUGGUGAUUCUUGCCAUAUGUAUAUAUCUCCGCUCGCCAGUGUUUGACGCUUUUGCUGUUCAUGGUGGCACGUCAGGAUUUGACUAUUUUAGUUCCGUUUGACGUGAUUGUGAGGAUGUAUAUAGAGCUCACUUGAAUUUAUCUGGUGUGUGGGUUAUCAGCUAGGUUUUAUCGCAUGACAUGAUGUCGUCAGUGGUGUGGUGGCCGACCAAAUUGCUUGUCUAUCCCUCCAGGUAGUGGACCAGUGGUUCCUCGUUGUCCU